GCGUGUCCAGUUUGCAAUGGCGACGCUGGCGUGUUGAAUGGCGGGCCUCGAUGCCACUUGGUUGCAAGGGUGGGUGGGACCAGGCAGCCGCCAUCUUGGGAAGGUCGGCCCAGGCAGCCGCCAUCUUGGAAAGGUCGCCCGGGCAGCCGCCAUAUUGGGAAGGUCGUGCGGACGUCCCAUGGCGGGUGAGGCCGGGGUGUCGCUGCCUGGAGCUGGCGCCAGCGCCCACGCCCACGCCCUGCGGGAGACUUCAGUUAAGGAGAAUAAGGGAUUUUCGCAAGGACUUGAAGAGAUGCACAUUACAUCAGUUUGCCAUAAAAAUGGAAGACCAACCUGGAGGCCCAGAGUAGAUUCUCAACAUUUGGAACGACAGAUCACUUCUCUCUCCUGGGCAAAAGAUGAAAAUGAACAGGAAGAUGAUGAUGAAGCUGAUAACCAUGAAUAUUCAGAUAGUGACCUGAGUGACUAUUACAUUUCAUCAUCUCCAGAGACCACCCAAGUGGCUGGAAUGGGUGUUGAGCUAUUUUAUGAGAAAGAGGACUGGGAGAAAGAAGUUAAUGAAGCUUGUCCCUAUGAUGAAGAUGACCUGGAGGUGAUCACUAAAAACCGUGGUUGUGAAGUGCCUCUUUUUUGGCAGGACGGGGAAACGUACAACCCAAGCCAUGAUCACGUUCCCUCAUCAUCAAGAGCAAAGAUUGUAGAAAUACCCAUUGUGCAGGGACAGUUUGAAGAUGCUGAUGAAUAAAGUUUGGAAUUCACAUCCUUGUGGGAAGAAGCGUUUGACAACAGUUUGUAAUUUGAAGUUACUUUCAUUUUAUUUUCUUGAUUUAACUGUUGUAAUUGGAAAAUAUAUUUUGAGUUUCUUCAGCACAGUUUCAUUCAGACAGAAUUUAAAAGAAAUUCUGAAUUAUCAUUAGCUUAGUAUUUUUUUCAAUAUAGAAAAUCAUUCAUUGUACAGACAAUCAUAAUGAGGAAUCUGAAAUUAGUAAAAGGAAUGUAUGAAAGGCAUGCACAUUUUUCAUUUGCCAAGGUAAUUUUUAAUCAAAUUUAAAAAAAUUUGAAUCCCUUAUGUAGUUAUUUUUUUGUAUUUUUUGCAUUAGGGCUAUGUGGGGAAUAGAUGGGGUGAAUGUACAAUCUUUUACCAAGAAUAGGCUAAUCAAGAACAAGGGGACAUAGAGUUAUAGUGAGAGGGGAAAGAAUUAAUAGGACCCUGAGAGGCAACUUUUUCACACAGAUGGUGUUGGAUAUAUGGAAUGAGCUGUCAAAGGAAGUAGUUAAGGCUGGCGUUAUAACCACAUUUAAAAAGCAUUUGGACAAGUACAUGGAUAGGAAAGGUUUAGACGGAUAUGGACCAAAUGUAAGAAGGUGGAACUAGUCUAGAUGGAGCAUCAUAAUCCGCAUGGGUAAAUUGGGCUGAAGGGUCUAUUUCUGUGCUGUAUGACUAUGACAAUGCAAUGUUUCCAGGCAAACAUACAAGUCUCAUUUAACUGAGCAGGUGAGAAAUGUUGUUACAACAGUGUUGCCUUCCUGAGGAUUAUUCCUUAGUUCAGAGAUUAAGCGCGGAAACAGGGCCUUCGGCCCACGGGUCCGCGCCAACCAGCGAUCCCUGCACAUUAACACUAUCAUACACCCACUAGGGACAAUUUUUCAUUUACCAAGCCAAUUAAACCAGAAACCUGUACAUCAUUGGAGUGUGGGAGGAAACAGAAGAUCUCGGAGAAAACCCAUGCAGAUCACGUAGAAAAUGUACAAACUCCGUGCAGACAGCACCCAUAGUCGGGAUCAAACCCGCUGUAAGGCAGCAAAUCUUCCGUUGCGCCACCGUGACCGCAUUAUUGGAAAAUUGGAGAUUAGCAAAAACAGGAUUGCAGCAUCAGCUGUGACAGAAGAGCAGGCGGGUGCGGGAAGCGUUGCUGCCAGCCAGUCUCUCCGAUUCGGUGAGUGAGAAAGUGGGUCGGCUCAGCUUCAUUCAACAUAAAACGACCCUUUGGCCAAAGUUGUCCAUGCCAACCAAGAUGCCCAUCUAAGGUAGUCCCAUUUGCCUACAUUUGACCCAUAUAACCAUAUAACAAUUACAGCACGGAAAUAUCUCGGCCCUUCUAGUCCGUGCUGAACACUUACUCUCAUCUAGUCCCAUCUACCUGCACUCAGACCAUAACCCUCCAUUCCUUUCCCGUCCAUAUACCUAUCCAAUUUAUUUUUAAAUGAUAAAAUCGAACCUGCCUCCACCACUUCCACUGGAAGCUCAUUCCACACACUG